AUGCAGGGCAGCAUACAUGCGUUGAUUGACGAACUCUCGGAACAGGGAAAUUUCCAUCGUGAUAAAGAAGAUUAUCAAAAGUCAAGGGAGAUUUUUCAGAGAUUGUUGGAACUACAAACGAAAGAGUUGGGUGAAGACGAUAUUUCUGUGGCCGUGACACUCAAAUACAUUGGAAAUUUGCUGGAGAAGGAAGGGAACUAUAGUGAAGCCUUGGAGACAAUGAAAAGAUCUCUUGCGAUUCAGAGUAAGAAAUUGGGAGACACACAUGAUUCAGCAAAUACGUACAAGGACAUGGGCAGACUCUGUCUGCAACUGGAAAACUUCGAAGAAGCCGAAGAAAUGUACCGGAAAGCUCUGGAUAUCAUGGGCGAUAUGCAACCAAAAUCGUCUGACUUUGUGGAAGCCAGCCAGCCACUAGUGAUUUCGUUGCAAAUGCAAGGCAAACUUUCAGAAGCAAUCAAGGUCCAAAAGCUCCUACUUUCGAAAGUACUAGAAAUGCACGGGGAAGACCACUCUGAAGUUCCACUUAUAUACAUGGGCAUUGCAAAGCUGCUGGAAAAUAAAAAUAGAAUGGACGAUGCCAUUCAGAUGCUUGAUAAAAGCAUCGAAAUUUGUUAUCGGCUACGAGAACUGGGAGACUUCGACAGGCCAUUAGUAUUGGCAGGAGCUCUCGACAACAAAGUGGCACUGCUGUCACAGCAAGGAAAAUUUGAAGGUUCCGCGGAGGUGCUGAAGAAAUCGAUAGUGAUCAUAAAGGAAGAGCUAGGCGAAAUGCACCCAACAUUAGCAGAAAAGUACGAAACUCUUUCACAAGUAUACUUGCAUCAAGACAUGCUGGAAGAUGGCUUCAAUGCCAUAACCAAGGCUCUAGAGAUUCGUCGUAAAGCGCUUGGCAAUGACCAUCCCGACACGAAAGAAUUUGUUGCUCAGCUUGAAGUGAUAAAGCGUGGGAAAAAUGCGAAAGCGCUGAACCAACAGGGAGUCAAAAUGAAUUUGCAAGGCAAUUCGGAAACGGCAAUGCAACUCUUCCAAGAGGCGCUGGGUGCCCACAAGGAAAUAUUUGGGGAUGCUCACCUCUAUACGGCAGAAGUUUACGAGAAUAUUUCGGCUGUGAAAGUGGAACAAGGUUUGCUGCAAGAUGGUAUUGCUGCCAGUGCACAAGCCCUCAAGAUUCGUCGAAAACAGCUUGGGGAUGAUCAUCCUGACACGAAGGUGCGCAUGGAAGCGCAUAGAUCUUUGCUGAAACGACUCUUGGAGAAUCGGAAGUGA